UAAUAAUUGAUUCUGUAUCUUGUUAAUGAUACUGUUCUCAAAGUAAAGUUCACGUUCCAUAACCUUGAGUAAAUAACCUUAGAAAGAAAUCAUUUAAAAGAACCGCGGUUCUGUAAGUCGUUGAUUGGAUAAUGAAACUGACAUCACUGAGACUUGCGCUGUGUGGUCGGUGCAACGGGUGCGACAUCGUCUCAUGAUAUUCCUCAUAAUGGAUUAAGAAACGAGUGUGAGGUUGGCUACUUUGUGAAGGAGUGUAUUGGUUCAGUUUUGUUUUCUUAUUUCCUGAAUUGUGAUUCACUAAGGACUUGGACAAGAUGUCAGGAUUCGACGAAAAUCCUUUUGGAGAACCUACUGAGCCUUUUGCGGAUCCAGCUGUGCAACAAGUCACAGGCAACAUUAGCAAUGUCCAACGAGGAUUGGAGGAUUAUAACCCAUUUGCUGACCAAGCAGAUCAGAGGCUUCCUCAGACUCGAGGAGCAAAUAAUCCUCCACAAUAUCAAAAUGUGCCAACAAUGCAAGUUGCGCAACCAGCAAUGAUGCAGUCCAAUUUGGAACCUGCCCCUCCUCCAUACACAAAAAGUGCCCAACAACAAAUCCAGCAGCCACAGAUGAAUCAGAUUUCUACUGCAGAAUAUCAGCGGAGACAAGAGGAAUUGGAUAGAAAAGCAGCAGAGUUAGCAAGGCGAGAAGAGGAAUUGAAAAAUGCUCCAUACAAUGCUAGGAGAAACAAUUGGCCACCUUUGCCUGAAAAAUGCUGCUUUCAGCCUUGUUUCUAUCAAGAUAUUAAUGUUGACAUUCCUUUAGAGUUCCAAAAAAUUGUGCGUUACUUGUAUUACCUUUGGAUGUUUCAUGCACUUGUAUUGCUCCUGAAUGUUCUGGGAGGUUUAAUACUUAUAUUCUAUCCUGCUUCUGAAUUUACCACUUUCGGUUUGGGUUUGAUAUAUUUAAUUCUCUUCACGCCAUUUUCAUUUCUUUGCUGGUAUAGACCAGCUUAUAAAGCAUUCAGGAGUGACAGUUCUUUCAACUUUAUGGUGUUUUUCUUCGUAUUCUUUUUCCAGUUCAUUGUCUCCGUUAUUCAAGCUAUUGGGAUACAAGGGUCUGGAACAUGUGGCAUUUUAAGGGCUAUUCAAGUUUUUGACCAUUCUGCCAGUGGUGUGGCAAUAGGAAUUAUUAUCCUUAUUAUUGCAUUUGGUUUUGUAGCUGCUGCUUGCAUGGAUUUACUUCUGCUCUCUAAGAUUCACAGAAUUUAUCGCAGUACAGGGGCCAGCUUUGCCAAGGCGCAGCAGGAAUUCACAACAGAAUUUCUUCGUAAUGAACAUGUUCAAAAUGCUGCUACGAAUGCAGCUGCUGCUACCGUCCGUGCCCAGAUGUCUUCAAGUCGCUAUUGAGUAAGAAAGUCCCAAACUUGGAGUAAUGUAACAUGUAUAUAUAUACAUUAUAUCUUGUUUACAUUGAUGUAUAUGCACUCACUCUAGGGUGUGUUUUUCUCGUGAAGAACAGUAGAAUGAAUUCAAUAAAUGUAUAGGAAACAGCUUCUUCUAAUGCUGUGGUCUGCUGUUUCAUGAGAACAAUUGAGAAAUUUAUUAUCUUGUUUCUGCAGGGAAAUAAUUCAUCAGUGGGGUCAAGGGUUUUGCACAGUUGCCUUCAGAAUACAUACCUGAAUUUAGACUAUGAGUUACAGACAAACACGUUUAUUUGUUCGUGUAUGGCAAUCAGAUGUAAUAUAAAUAAAUUUCAGUGUGAAGACUGAUGCUUUAGAUAUGCAGUGAGGUUAGUUUGCGAAUUUUUAAAAAAUAGGAGCUACUUGUCUAGUGUAAGUUAUAACGUUAUUUGUACUCUUUGUCUCUUAGAGUGGUUGUGUUUUCACUCUUCUCCCUUCUGCUAAUGCUUCUUGAAAUAAAGUACUUAUGAUCAGUUUUCUUGUACACUUUUGACAUGUUAGGUCUACCAUUAUUUUACAAUUUUAAAAGAUAAAUGGCAUAAUAAGUAACUUGUUAAAUUAUCUAGUGUUGAUACAAAUAUAUUGAAGGAUGAAUGUGUUUUAACUACAGCUGUAUUUACUUUGGCAAAAUGAGAACCAUAUUGAAUAGUCAUUUAAAUCCAUAUAUAUCCCUUGCAGGUAUUGUAUUUAUGACUAAUCUUAAGACAUUCAGAUGUUGUGCAUGCAUUCAAAGUGAUUCUGUGAUGCACAUUUCAUUGGGAAUGAUGCAUUUAAGUGUAGUAUUCAUAUGACCUAUAAUCAGUGUAUUAUGAAUGUAUAUAAGGCUGGCAAGUAAUUUUGAUACAAGUAGGUUUUUUUUCACACUUCUACUAAUUAUAGGAAAUAAAAAUGUGCAUGUUUCGUGGCAUGUCAAACACCACUGGCACAAAGUGCUAGGUCACUACGGUUUUAAAAAAAUUUUGUCCUCCGGUUUUGUUCAUUGUGUAUAGUGUUUGUUUUCCUGUUAACAUCGUAGAAAUUUUGCAAGUACAGUGAAUUAAUAUAUACAGUGAGUGCUGUGUGAAAUCAAUGAUUUUUCAAAAAUCUGGUGUUUUAAUCAUUGUGUUAAUGGAACAUAGCAUACAUUAACAGGGAAGAAAGGGCUUACGGGAUAUGAAGUAUUCAAUUUGGUGACCUGCCAAUUUGUAAACAUUUUAAUACCUUUGAGGUGCCAGCUUACAGGAAUGGAUUUAAGACACAAUGAGAGCACUGUUUGGAAUUUCAGUGACUGUGUUUCAAUGAUGGAGAGGAUCGUUGUGUAUGUCAUUAUGCAAUAUCACAAAUUUUUUGUUGAAAAAAUAAAAUUUAUACAGAUUUUAAAUUCCCUCCAUUAUUGUACUGUCUCACUUGUGUAUUAUAAUCAUUUAUCUUACAGAAUAAAGUUGUUUCAUGCAUUUGUUUAUUUUC